CUUCGAGGUUAGGUGCGUCACGACGCGAAGCGACCGAGGCAGCUCUCCCUCGAGGAGGCGAUCGCCAUUCGACUAGUCCGUAAUUGCAUCGAAUUGCCGUUCGUUUAGCCGCGUUGCGAUUGUAUGGAAGGACUCGAGAAUGGCCGAGAUAGACAUCUUCGACAGCAACGAGGAGCAACUGCCGCAGGAUCUCGGCGACGAUGUCGUUCAGGAGGUCCUGAAGACUGGCACCGACCUGCGCCAGUACUCCAGGCAGAUCGAGAAGGAGCUUAAGGAGGUCGAGAAUAAGUCGAUCCAGGAUUACAUCAAGGAGAGCGAGAACAUAGCCGAGCUGCACAACCAGAUUGCCGCCUGCGACAAUAUCCUGGAGAAAAUGGAGUCAAUGCUGAUGAACUUCCAGACAGUUUUGGGAAGUAUCAGCUCCGAGAUAGUUUACCUGCAACGCAAGUCUGUCGCCAUGAGUCAGCAGCUGUCCAACAGACAAAUAAUACGAGGCCCGCUCAGUCAAUUUAUUGAGGACAUGACAGUGUCCGAGGCACUGAUCGCUGGUAUUAUGGACUGUCCAGUGACGGAGAAGGAAUUUUUGAUUCACCUACAAACUCUCAAUCAUAAGAUCAUCUUCGUGAAGGAGCAAAGUUUCAAGGAGGCCAAGUCUUGUUUAGACGUGAAGGAUAUAUUGGAGAGGUUGAAGGUGAAGGCAAUGGCCAAGAUUAGGACGUACUUGCUCGAGCAGAUUUAUAAAUUUAGGAAGCCGAUGGCAAACUUCCAAGUGCCGCAGAACAAUAUGCUAAAGUACAAAUUCUUCUUCGAGUUUAUCUUGACAAACGAGAGAAAUGUUGCCGAGGAGAUCUGUGGAGAAUACAUCGAUACUAUGAGCAAGAUACAAUAUUCAUACUUCAAGACUUAUUCGUCGAGACUAAUGAAAUUGCAGUUCGAAGAGAGAACGUCGAAGGAUGAUUUAAUGGGGGUUGAAGACACGGCGAGCAGAAGUCUUUUUCAUAAGACAACGCUGAGGCACAAAGGUACCGUCUUUUCUAUAGAUACGAGAGGUCAGGUUUUAACUUCUCAAUUGGAAGCGCCUAUAAUUGUCCCACAUACUGCCUAUAAAACACGGUAUCAUUACGAAGCCCUAUUCAGAAGUGAACAAUAUGCCUUGGCCGAUAAUGCUUGCAGAGAAUAUCUGUUCCUGACGGAGUUUUUCCAGGUCCGUAAUGCACAGGCAUUAGACAUUUUCAAUCAGGUCAUGGGAAAAACGUUAAAUCUUAUGAUAAAGAAUUUGCAGUCGUUUGUUGAGGAUUGUUACGAUACGAUUGCUCUGUUUCUCUGCCUACAUUUAGUGAAGCAUUAUCAGUUAAUAUGUCAUAAAAGAACUGUACCAGCGUUGGAUAAAUACUGGGAGACUUUAACAGCCACAAUUUGGCCUAGAUUUGCGUGGGUGUUUCAAUUAAACAUAAACAGUGUAAAAGACUGUGAUCCAUCAAAAUUCCACAAAGAAACUGGUCCACAUUAUAUUACUCGAAGAUAUGCGGAGUUUAGCGCAGCAAUUGUAAGCGUAGUCGAGGGAUUUCCCUGCGAAGACACGAUCCAGUUAUUAGCAGAAAUGAGAGAAACUGUACAGUGCUUCCUGCUAAGAAUGGCAUCUAUUUUUCCGACUCGGACGCAGCAAUUAGUAUUUCUUAUCAACAAUUAUGAUCUGGUACUCAGGGUAUUAAUGGAAAGAACACGAGAAACCUCGAAGGAAGCGGAGAGCUUCCGGGAGCUGUUAAGUGCACGUUCAUCCGAAUUUAUCGAAGAGGUCUUGAGCCCGCAUUUCGGUAGUAUAAUUCAGUUGGUAAAGGAAUCGGAGGCGCUAAUCGAGAAGGGCCAAGCGGACGAUUUGAAACGGCAGGAGGGCAAAGCGUUGGUCCUAGUGCAAUCCUUUACGAACAAUUGGAAACGAGCGUUAGAAGAGAUAAAUCGGGAGGUGUUACAGUCGUUUCCCAGUCUGCUGCUCGGCAGCACGCUAGUGCAAGGCGCAAUGACGCAGUUGGUGCAAUAUUACAAUCGCCUCCACAAGAUUCUGCCGCCAAACGCGCGCACGCAACUUACGAACAUCCAUCACAUAAUGGUAGAAAUUAAGAAGUACAAGACAAAUUAUUAGAUAACUUUCUGAAGAAGUUGUUUAGUUAAAUUCAAAUAGCCGUCGUCGUUAAUUUGCUGUAAAAGAAUUAUUUCUAGUAUUUGUACAUAAAACCAGCUGUUACAGCAAUUUUUAAAAUUCUAGUGAUUACGAUUAUUAAAUAAGUGUAAGUUUUAUUUUACUUAGCACUGUUCAGGAGAAUGUUGGGGCUCCUUCUUGUAAAUAUAAUCUCAGAGAUAUACGUUCUGUACAUUUAUUUAUAAAAAGAUAUGAGUUAUGAGCUAAGCAUGGUAUUGCGUUACCAUUCUAUACAAUAGCGAUUAAUAUUCCAUACUCUUGUGCGCCUGACACGAGUACACGAAUCUCUGAUGUUAUUUAUCUUAUAUAAAUUAAUAUGUAUACACAUGUA